AUGUUAGCCUCUAUCAUCACCCACGUCUUGGUUCUGUUCAUUGGGAUUCACUUCAGGCGGUUGUCGAGCUACCUUGUUGAUCACCUUUGUUACGCUCGGCUUUGGAAGUCACGCUUCUCGUACUCCAAAAGUGGCAAUGCCACCUCUGUUGACGCGCUGGCAAACAUCAAGGUUGAGCUUCUGGACAGGUACCAAGUCGAGGUAAAACACCCCCAAGGAACAUGGCAGAGACAGGCGUAUGACGACUUUGUCGGGGCCCUGACCAACCCGGCCAAGAAAUUCCCUUGCAUAUACGGGACCAAAGGAUUCAAGGCGAACGAACUCGACUUUGUCUUUCUCGACUCGGAGGAGCUCGGCAACAUGGCGACAUCCAAACAAGGCGCAAGGGCGAUACUCGAAUACCACAAGAUACUCGACAGCCGAGGCCGCAACAUCUCGCUCGUGAUGCUGUGCCCGCCUCCCAAGCGGGAGCGCACCGUGCAAGAGUACCACGACACGUUUUGGUCGUUCCUCCACCGCUUGAGGCAACUGGACCCCAAGCCUUGGCCGGCCAAGAUCCCACGCAACACCGGGCACGUCAAGUGGUGCAUGAACUUUGACGGCAUCGAGGCCUUCUUCGCCGUCCUGACGCCGGCGCACAGGCAGCGCCUCUCCCGCCACGCCCCGAACUUUGCCAUGGUCUAUCAGCCCCGAUACAUCUUCGACAUCGUCUUCAAGAAUGCCCGUUACCGCGAGUCCGCCACCAAGAUGAUCCGCGGCUUGGUCGACCAGUACGACCAAAUCCCUCACAGUCCCGAGAUCAGCGAUUAUGGCUUGCCGGGCUCCACCGAAAGCCGUCAGUACUUUCUGCUGGAUGAGAAUGUACCGUCAAAAUGUCCAUAUAAAACCCUGGAUGACCAAGAAGCGGAGGAUUGA